AUGAAAGGAUCAGUUGAUGCCCGAAGCGAUGGUAUUUUGAAGGAGGAUUCGGUUUAUAGAGUGGAUCACUGCAUACAUACAUAUACAUACGUUUUAAAGAAAUUUUCGGGUGUUGUUGCUGCUGCUACUAUUACUGCUGCUGUUGCCGUUCUUUGUAAACUGGCGAGUAAGAAGGGCUUCUCAAACUUUCUACAUGGUGAUGUCGUCAUAAUUCCAACACUGCUCCGAGCUGAACCAGGUAGCUCAGUUAUUGCUGUGAGUAUAUUGACUGAUGUGGCGGAAUGGGGAGGUGUGCCUUUUCCCUAG